AUGGAUGCUGCUGUAGAAAUGCUGCAGAAAGUGCAGACUGAUGUCAUCUGCAGCAUCUGUAGGAGCUACUUCUCUGAGCCAGUCACCCUCCAUUGUGGACACAGUUUUUGCAGAGAAUGUCUCUCCUCCUGCUGGAGGGCAGCAACCCAACUUUUCUCUUGUCCUGAAUGCAGGCAAGUGCCCCAGAGCAGAGCAUUACCCCCAGUCAAUGAGCGCCUAACACAGCUGACUGACCUGGUCAAAAGGUUCAGCUCCCAUGUUUUGCAAAGUACUAAGGGACAAAGCCAGUGUGCCCUUCAUGGGAAAGUCUUCAAGCUCUUUUGCAAACAGGACCAGACACUACUGUGUGUGAGAUGUGAAAGCCCAGAACAUGAGGCUCACGGGAUCUCUCCUGUAGGAGAGGCUGCUCAUGAGUGCAGGAAACAGCUCCAGAACAUGCAGAAUCAUUUAGGUAAACAUUUUGAAGAAGCUGAGAGCCUUCUAGCUCAGCAGAGCCCUGUGGACUGGAGAAGGAUGAUCAUAGAAGAAUACCGCAAACUGCACUGCUUAGUGAUGACACAAGAAUUCAGCUGUAUUGAAAGGAUAAGUCAAGAGCAAAGGGCAAGGCAGGACAGACUAACCCAGCAUAAACAAACCCUUCAGAAACUCAAGCUAGAAGUACAGGAAGCAGACAACCAACCGGAUCUGGAUCUGCUACAGGAUGCCAAGCAUUUGCUGGAAAGGGGUGAAUCAGAGCUGUCCCAGAGGACCAAAACUGUCAUCCCAGAGCUGAAGGAGUAUCCUAUCCCUGGCCUGAUAGAAAUGCUCAAUCGAUUCAGAGUGGAUAUUAGGCUGAUCUCCACAUCAGCCAUUUCCUAUGUGAGUAUUUCUGAGGAUCUGAGGAGUGUGAAGGCUACAGAAGACUGGGAGGCACUACAGCAUCUUCAAGACUCAGAGUGCUAUGCUGCCCUUGCUAAGGAGUCCUUCAGCUCAGGCAGACACUACUGGGAGGUGGACGUGAGUCAGGUACCUCAGUGGGUACUGGGGAUCUACACCACCUACUUGGGGAGAAAAACGGACAGGGAUGUGGAAUCCUUUGAUUAUGCCUUCUUGCUUCAAUGUGUCAAGAACGAAGAUGGUUAUUAUAUCAGAACCUAUUCUGGAUCACUGAACCAUCGGUUGAAAGGCCCUAUACCCAGGGUUGGGAUCUACCUAGAAUAUAGCCCUGGAAGUCUUGCUUUUUACAACGUUCUCCAGCGCUCCCUUAUUUAUAAGUUCGACCCCAUUUCUUUCACAGCACCGCCUUCCUCCGAGAGAAGGAGGACCGCCUAUUUAUUCUCUCACCAAGAGGAGAUUUGCCCUGCACCUUCCUCUGGGACAAUCAGCAGCACCUGUCUCGUGAUGGAGUCGCCGUGUUCAUCAAUUGAAGAUUUGCCUUCCACCCAGCAAACUGAAGCGAACCGCUCCCAAAUGUCUGUCCUCUCUGAUCUUCAGUGCAUCCUGUCUGCUUAUGAAUCGUCCCGUUUCCGUUUCAAUAGUUAA